AGGGAAUGGAAUAAACGUUGUCGUAUAAAAGGGUAGUUAUGUACUCGACAGGUUAAAACCCUAAUUCUCUCAGUCUAGUGUAUCUUCCACUCGCUCAGGUAGUACGCAGGGAGCUUCCGCCGCAGCAGAAAGAAAGAGAAAACGGGAAAAAAUGGAGGCAGCGAGAACUGUUAAGGACGUUUCUCCCCACGAUUUCGUGAAGGCCUACGCCGCCCAUCUCAAGCGCUCCGGCAAGAUUGAGCUCCCUCCAUGGACUGAUAUUGUCAAGGGUGGUAAACUGAAGGAGCUUGCUCCAUUAGACCCUGAUUGGUACUAUAUCAGAGCUGCUUCUAUGGCAAGGAAAAUCUACAUGAGAGGAGGUCUUGGUGUUGGUGCCUUCAGGAGGAUAUAUGGAGGGGCUAAGAGAAAUGGCAGCCGCCCGCGUCAUUUCUGCAAGAGCAGUGGCUCUAUUGCUCGUCACAUUCUCCAGCAAUUGCAGAAUAUGAACAUCAUCGAUCUUGAUACCAAGGGUGGUAGGAAAAUCACAUCUAAUGGCCAACGGGAUCUUGAUCAAGUUGCUGGAAGGAUAGCAGUUGCCCUCUGAGAAAUUUAGUAGAUGCUUUCCUGUGGGUUGAAUUCCUGAAAUUAUUUAGUUGUUUGAAAGAGAACUGUUUUAAUUUUCUGUUUUAUCUGUGUCUGGUUUCUUCUACAUGAAGCUUUUUUUCUCUUAUAUUCCAAUUCCAAUGUGCUGUUUGUUGACUAUGAUCGAGUAUGACCUUCAAUUUUGAGUCCAUUUAAAACUCAUUUCUAAAUAUCAAUCUAAUCUUCCUUGCCACAAGUAUUUUUUUUUCCCAUGCU